AUGCUCAACGAUAUAGCAAUAAUUGAAUUGGACUGGAAAGUACCUGAAUCUGUGGCAGUACCGAUUUGUAUGCCCGACACAUCUACGGAAAUUUCCCGAAAACUAAAAGCAGCCGGAGCUGGAAUGAUAUCUCCUGAAAAGGAUGCUAAGACCGAUGGUUACCAAGUGGUAAACGUCGAACUAUUAGGUAUAACGAAGACUAAUCUACUUCAGACUACAACUGCGGAAGACGUGGGUGUAUGCAAC